UCUAGCAAAUCUCACUGCACAGUGCCAGACUCCUCUAGUUCUGAUGCUCAGGAUAGCCCAGUGCAGCUUCAACAAAAGGUUGCUCAGCUGGAAAGAAAAUUAGCAGACAUGCAUGCCAAAGCUCACCACUCAGUGCCCACUACCAUGGCCAUGACUACAGGAAAAGAAGAGAUUAAAUAUUUGCCUACCUCAGUUGAACACCAGCAUAGCACACCCUUAGCUGGAAAAUCGUUCAGUUUCUGUUACAACUGUGGUGAAGAUGGACAUCACCUAGGUCAGUGUAACAAUGAAACAAAUGCCAUUCUCGUGCAGCAGAAACUUUGCAAGCGGUCUAAACAUAGAAACACAAAGUUUAACAGCUCUCAACCAGCCUCACCCAUGUCUUUAAACAUGUAAAAGCUCCUGUUGAGGGACAAAUGGGAGCUUCAAGGAAAAAAAAGGGUCCCAAGGUGCACCCAAAAGAAACGUUAGCAACCCCUGAAGUUGUUGGCAGGCAUAAGUCUGGUACCAUACCUGAUGGACUUAUAGGAGAGGCUUGUGAAGUAACUGCUUUGGUUGAUGGCAGGGAAUGUGUUUGUCUUGUUGACAGUGGUUCACAGGUUACAUGUGUUGCAGAGUCAUUCUAUAAUACUUACCUUAGCCACCGUGAAUUGAACUCCCUUUGUACUAUAAUUACCAUAGAAGGUGCUGCAGGACAACGAGUGCCUUACUUAGGUUAUAUUGAGUUGGAAGUGCAGUUACCUAAAGAGAUAUGUGGAACAGAUGACAAAUUCUGUAUUCUCGCUCUUGUUUGCCCUGAUCAACAGUACACUCAACGUGUUCCUCUAAUUGUGGGUACUAAUCUACUAAGGCUUCUUGUUUUAUCUUGCCAAGAUGUUGCUGGUGAUAAUUUUCUUCAUACACUAACCAUUCGGAAUGAUUGGGCUAGGGUUUUGCAAACUAUUGUUAGACAAGACUUUAUCACUCCAAUAGAAGACAAAUUGGGACAGCUCACACUCAACAACAGCCAACCACUUACUCUGUCGAGUGGUGAAAUGGUGGAGGUUCUUGGGGAAUAUCAUGGGCAAGCGUCACAUAGUAAAUAUGUAAUUUUAGAAGCUCCAGAUGAUCCAUGCUUACCAGGCGGUUUGCUUAUGUUCAGCCAGAUUGUUGAUGUUCAGAAUGGAUUUACAAUGUCCAGUGUUCUCAUUAAGAAUGAAACUGAACACGAUAUUGUGCUUACUCCCAAAAGAGUUAUUGCUAAUGUGUGUGCAGUAGAAUGGGUGAAGAGUGUUUCUAGUAAUGGGACCCCACCAGACUUUCCUGUUGGAAAUACAGGGAAGGUUUUGUGCUCGCAACAUGCAGUUAUAGCACCCUUGUGUCUUCAGUUUAAUUUUGAAGGCUCACCAAUUCCAUCUGAGGUUAAGAAACACAUUGUUAAAAGAAUGCGUGAAGAAGUACCGCAUGUUUUCUCACAACAUGAUUUAGAUAUCGGACAUGUAUCAGGUGUCAAGCACAGGAUUAAGCUGAGCGAUGAUACUCCUUUCAAGGAGCGCACUCGACGUGUGUCUCCCUCUGACUUUAAUGAUCUGAAGCAGCACCUGUAUGAGCUGAUUAAUGCAGGGAUCAUUGAAGAAUCUGCCAGCCCAUAUGCAUCUCCGAUAGUUCUUGUAAGAAAGAAGAGUGGUGCUUUGAGGAUGGUGGUGGAUUACAGGAAAUUAAACCAGUUGACUGAAAAGGAUGCCUAUCCUCUUCCAAGGAUUGAAGAAACUUUUAGCCUUCUUGCAGGUUCAAAGUGGUUUACUGUGCUGGAUCUAAAGAGUGGCUAUUAUCAGAUUGAAAUGGAAGAAAAUGAUAAGCCUAAAACAGCAUUCACAACACCGUUUGGGAAUUGGCAAUUUAAAAUGAUGCCACAGGGACUGACCAAUGCUCCUGCCACAUUUCAGAGAACCAUGGAGAAGGUCAUGGCUGGACUUAACCUGGAAGAAGAAAAACAGACCCCCAUCCGACCACGACGACCAAGGACAAGGCAGCAACCUGUAGACAGUACAGAAGGGCUUACCAGGGAAGACACAGACCGUGAUUUUCAAGUAGCAAGUCCACGUGCUGAUAGGCGAGAAAGGGAAACCGAAACAGAGAAAGAUGUAGUUUUGGAUCUUGAAGAACUGGAAGAUGAACACGAUCAAGAAGAGAACCAGAAUGCUAAGGUUGAUGAACCAGAGUAUGUGUUGAACCCAGAAGCAGAGGAGUUUCAAUUCUUCGACCCUAUUGAUGAGACUGGAAGAUGGGAUAAUGAUCUAGCUGAGGAGGUGAUCGCAAGUAACUGUGAUUAUGAGGAUGAAGAGACAAUUCCUGCACCAAGAAGAUCAACUCGGAAUCGAAGACCCCCAGAUAGAUGGGAAUACCCUUUAGUUGGCAAGCAAGCACAAGCUCAAGUGCAUGAGUUUAAAUGUUGCCAAGAGAACAAUACAAAUGAAAAGUAUCUGUUCAGUUUUAUCACCAGGCAAAGUCAAAUAAUUCAGAAUCAGAGUCAGAUGCUAAAUAAAGUACUGGAAGUACUGACUGCUAAAUGCCUGUGUUAAGAAAAAGAAGAAAAUAUAGGUUUGAAAGCUUGUCGAGGACGACAACUAUAAGGGAGGGAGAAUGUAACCCCCUAUAAAGUAAUACAUUAUUUUAUUAUUAUUUUAUAGUGUAUGUUACCAACAAAGAACUAGAGUUGUUUUAUUACUGUUAAAAAGUUCAUUAAAUCAAAAUAAGACUUUAUUCAUAUUUAGUCGGCAGACUUAUUUUAAUUUGGCACCGUACCUUUAAGAGCCCUUAAUACAAUGUGCUCUCCAGUGAAUAUAGAAAACUAAGAUGGACGCCGCCAGGCUGUGAUGUGUCUGUGAUAUUAGGAUCAAAUCCUUAAUAAAAGACCUGAAGUAGCAGAGAGGGCUAGGAAUAUUUUAGUUCUCAAUAUUUUAUUUUAGGUAAGUGUUGCCAAAUUAACUUUAGAUGAUGUUUCUGAAAUUAGAGUAAUAUUCAAACUUUACUUGAAAGUUAUGUUAAAUCUUUAAUCUGCGCAGUGUACAUUGUACUGAAUACAUGUAUAUCUGUAGUAAUUCAUAAUACUGUAUUUUGCCAGCAAAUAUGUUUUAUAAAUUUAGUGUAUCGAGAAUGUUUAUUUGAAAUUCAGACUUAUUUAAAGAAAUUACAAUUAGUAACCAAUCCGAUUUAUUUGAUUGUGGUUGUUUUGGUUAGUUUAGUAAUACAACGUGCUCUCCAGUGAAUAUAGAAAACUAAGAUGGACGCCGCCAGGCUGUGAUGUGUCUGUGAUAUUAGGAUCAAAUCCUUAAUAAAAGACCUGAAGUAGCAGAGAGGGCUAGGAAUAUUUUAGUUCUCAAUAUUUUAUUUUAGGUUGAAGAACUACGUUGAACUGCGAUCAAGACAUCACACUGGACAUCGCUUUAAAGAUCAGAUGAGUGCUAAUUCAAGGACUUGUAUUGUUUUAAGGCACACGUGUUGCUAAAGUGGUACCACUAAAAGAACUACAUUUAUUUUAUAACUUUUAAUGGCCAUAUGUUUAUAUAUUGUUUUCUUUUGUAUUCUUUUCAUGUGUUGAUGCCUAUGUGAUUGUGCAUUAAAAAUAUGUACAGCUGCCGUUUCGUUAUUUAAACUGCAGCAGUAAAGAAAAGAGAAAUCCGAACUGA